UCCGAGUACAAGAGCCGGGAGAGUGACGCCGGAAGAAGCCAAUCUGCUGGCGUCGCUGCUGCGCGGGGGUGGGCCAGACUGGUCGGAGCGCCGCUGGUGUUGGCUGCAGGUUCAUGAAUAGAUUGAAGAAAACAUGGCCAAUCGAGAUUACAUUAGCAGACCUAUUUGCAAUGGAAUUUCUGUUCCUGAAAAUAAAAUUAAUUCCUUAGUGGCUGAAGGUCAUGGACAACAAAUUCUAAAAGUACUACAGAAGUUCAGAGAACAAAAUAUAUUUUUUGACUUUAAAAUUAUUGUGAAAGAUGAAGUCAUUCCUUGUCAUCGUUGUGUACUGGCAGCUUGCAGUGAUUUUUUCAGAGCCAUGUUUGAAGUUAAUAUGAAAGAACGAGAUGAUGGCAAUGUUACUAUUAGUAAUCUAUCACCCAAGGCAGUGAAAGCUUUUCUUGAUUAUGCUUACACGGGAAAAACAGAGAUAACAAAUGAUAACGUGGAAAUGCUCUUCCAGCUGUCAUCAUUUCUUCAGGUUUCACUCCUUUCCAAAGCUUGCAGUGACUUUCUAAUAAAAAGUAUCGAUCUUGUCAAUUGCUUACAGUUGCUUUCUCUGUCAGAAAGUUAUGGUUCUGUCCGCUUAUUUGAUCAUGCACUAGAUUUUGUACAGCACCACUUUUCCCUGUUACUAAGAUCAAGUGACUUUUUGGAGAUGAAUUUUGAGAUAUUGCAAAAAUGUCUUGAAGCUGAUGAACUAAAUGUCCCUGAGGAAGAAUCAGUGUUGAAUGCUGUUCUUCAAUGGACCAAACAUAACAUAGAAACACGACAGAAAUAUCUGCCUAAUUUGAUCAAAAAAGUGAGGCUACACCAGUUACCCGAAAAGACUUUGCAAGACUUUCUGCACUCAGAAGAGUAUUUACUUAAAAGUGCUAAUUGUUCAGUAAUAAUCAAUGAUGCAGUCAAAAGUGUGCAAGACUUCAGCGGACUAUUUCCAGAUGCACGUCCUUCAACAACAGAAAAAUACAUAUUUGUUCAUAAAACUGAUGAAGACGGAGAAAACAGGCAUACAUUUUGCUACAACAUCAAAACAGAUAAAUGGAAAGAACUACCACAUACACACAUGAUUGAUCUUCCAGGGUCAAGCUUAUCUAGCUACGGAGAGAAAAUAUUUAUAACUGGAGGAUGCAACGGGAAUUGUUACAGGACAGUCAGGCUUCAUAUCGCUGAACCGUUUCAUGAUGCCACUGACCAAACCUGGUGCUACUGUCCAGUCCGCAAUGAAUUCUCCAUAGUGUCAGCUAUGAGAAAACCAAGGACAAUGCACACAUCUGUUGUCACCUUAAACCAGUUGUUUGUAAUAGGUGGAAAGACCAGAGGAGCUCAAGAAACCCGCAGUCUUUUAGAUGUAGAAUCAUAUAAUCCUCUCUCCAAAGACUGGAAAUCUGUAAGCCAAUUACCAAGAGGUAUCUACUAUCCAGAAGCAAGUGCAUGUCAGAAUAUAAUUUACGUCCUUGGCUCAGAAGUGGAGAUUACUGAUGCCUUUAAUCCGUCUCUUGACUGUUUCUUUAAGUAUAACGCUAUGACUGAUCAGUGGUCGGAGCUUGUAGCAGAAUUUGGGCAGUUUUUCCAUGCAACUCUAAUCAAAGCUGUUCCAGUGAACUGCACGUUGUACAUAUGUGAUCUCUCCACCUACAAAGUCUACAGCUUUUGCCCAGAAACCUGUGUUUGGAAAGGGGAAGGAUCUUUUGAAUGUGCUGGCUUUAAUGCAGGGGCUGUUGGGACAGAAGACAAAAUUUAUAUCUUAGGUGGUGAUUAUGCUCCAGAAGAAAUCACAGACGAAGUUCAAGUCUACCACAGUAACAGGUCUGAGUGGGAAGAAGUUUCCCCAAUGCCAAGAGCCUUAACUGAAUUUUAUUGUCAGGUCAUUCAGUUUAAUAAAUAUAGGGACCCAUGGUCAUCUGUAAUGACAAUUUGCUCUGGAGAAUUUUGAAAUUCCUGAGUCAAAAUGAUCUAUUUAAAUGCACAAAUUUUAGAACAGAUUUUUUUCAGUAUUAGUUUGCAGAAAAAUAUGUCUUAUUUUUGUUUUAAAUCUUCAGUUUAAAUUGUCUGCUAUAAAAAUGUUUCUGAAAGGGUCUAUAAAAUUCCCAUCCAUCCUAGCCAUUAUAUAUCAAAAAUUAGUUAGUUUUGUAUACAAGUCUUCUCUAUAAUUAUCUGAAUAAUUUGAAAAUACUACUUUUCAGAAAAAAAGUUAUGAGGAAUUUAUUUUGUAAUAUGUGCCAUUAUUUCUGUAAUAAUCAGUUGCCCCAGGUGAUAAAUUGCUGAGUGAGGAAACUGAUAGUGAUACUGUUUUCCCUAUGUAACUGAAGUUUAAAGAAAUCUGCGUCAUGCUGGCUUUUUUUGUUUUUUUUCUUUCUCUUUUUUUUUAUAUUUACAAACCUGUUAGAGAACCUCAUUGUCAGUUUUAUCGUAUUAGAAUGACCUGAGCAAGGGAAAAAGCCAAAGUGACCUUUGCAGCAUCUUCACAGCAGUAAAACCAGGUGUCUAACUUGAAGAGACUGAAAAUUCUCAUCAUCUUACAUCAGCUCUUCAGUUGGACCAGUUUUUUUCCAUCCUUGUGCCUUAGUAGUAGCUGUACUUUCUGUUUUCAUCCCGUCGCUGUGGCAAGACAAACUUUGAUAACAAUUUGCAGGGUGAGCAAGAUUUCUACAGGGUGGAUGAUUCAGGUGGGAACUUUGCUGCACAGAUGGUCACCUCAAUCACUGCAAGAAAAAACACUUCAGGAUGUUUUCUAACAGAAGUCUUCCAUCUCUGAAGUCUGCAUCGGUUUCUGCUGAGCAGCCAGUAGGCUUCUUACAGCAGAAAGUUGCAAAAAUAAGUCUUAGUUGUUGCUUCAGUUAACUACCGGGAAAGUUCGUAUCUUGUAAUACACAGAAUACAAAGUUAGAAAAAAAAAACACAAACCCAUACUUAAAGUAGGUAGCAUUUCUAAGGGAAAUAAAUCAUUUUU